AUGAUUACUGAAACCCGACAAAGUCGUACACGUCUCAUUCAUUACGAAUAUCAUCAUAAACGUAAUCGCCGUCGACACCAUACAUUAGACAAUGCAACUUUGGAUAAGUUCAAUUUCGUUUGUGUACCAUUAAAUCUCGACGAGUCACGCAUUGAUUCGUCAUCAUCUCACACUAAUUUAACAAUGGCACAACCAAAACAAUUUUCAACUUCAAUAACAUCUAUUUUACCACCACCGACAACAGUAUCAACAGUGACACGUCGUGUUCGAUUUAAAUUUGAUGACAAUGAUAAAAAUCAAAACCUAAUGGACUUAAAUAACAAUCGACAUACACGCUCAUCUGAUGAUGUUAGAUUAUCUGAAAAGAAUUCUAUUCAUCGUGUUGAAUUCCAAAUUCCUGUUCAUAAAGAUAUUAAUCCAUGGUUAAAUGUUGAUUGUUCAGCAUCUUCAUCUUGUCCAGCGAAAACACGUUCGUUAACAUCACAAAAAAUUGAUAUAAAGCAUACUCCUAACAAUUCAAUGCGUGUACAAGGUAUUGCGCCAUUUAUUGAAGCUGAAAUUACUUCUCAAACGCCAACAGCUAAUGAUUUCGAGAAAAGUCAAUCACAAUGGUACAGACAUAUGUAUGGUCAUCUACAUAAACCAUUCGAAAUGAAACGAGAAUAUCAUCAAAAUCCCUAUCAACCAACAUAUACUUUUCCUGAAGAUUUUAACGGUGAUCUUGAAGUUAUGGAAGAUUAUAUAAGAAGAAAAGCAUCGCAACCAGUUGAUCAAAAUGAUCAAAACAAUUCUCCUUCACUUAUUCGAACAUCAAAUUUAAGUCUCAAAGAUCAACGAACGCCAUCAAAUCGAACAAAUGAUCAUAUCGAAAAAGUUACGCGUUUUGAAGAUUUUUAUUCAACACCUACUGCUUCGUCUUCAAUCGAACACCCUAAAUUAAGUAAUGAUGGCUCAACAUGCAUUUCUUCUUCUUCUAUGAAUAAUAAUAAUAACAAUUUACGUUCGAAUGCAAACAAUAUACCAACAUCGGAUAAUGAUCAAAAAUUAAUCUAUAAACGAAUAUUACGCGGUGGUGAAAUUCCAACGAAUGGUUUACAAAAAUUUCCUAACAACAAUAGAGGUAGGCAGAAAAUUUUUUAUUCGAUCCGAUGA